CGAGUAAGAUUCAAGCCGAACUCUAAAACGUCCUCAAUAGUCACCACCGUUUAUUUCAACGCUCCGUCAACCCGGCUUUUCUUCCUCCUCCCACGUCGAAUUUCUAAACCCUCCCUUCGAUUUCGCGCCGGAUCGUUAGGGUUUCCCACUCUGCCCCUGAAUCUCCACCGACUCCGGACUCAGAUUUCUACUUCUGGCGGUAGGUCAUGAAGGGGGCCGAGGUCGGCAGACGGAGAGGCUGGCGCUGGAGCUGCUGGGCCGUGGGGGCGCUGAUCGCCGUCCUCCUCGCCUCCGCCGCGACUUCCAGGAACUCCGUCAAGAUCCCUCUUUUCGGGAUUACCAACCACAUCUGUCGGUGCGCGGAGUCUAGGAAGUACACCGGCGUCGUGGAGGAUUGUUGUUGCGACUAUGAAACUGUGGAUGGUCUCAAUAAGGAAGUCUUGCAUCCGAUCCUACAAGAUCUCGUCACCACGCCGUUCUUUCGGUAUUUUAAGGUCAAGCUAUGGUGUGAUUGCCCAUUCUGGCCUGAUGAUGGAAUGUGCCGUCUUCGGGAUUGCAGUGUCUGUGAGUGUCCAGAAAGCGAGUUUCCUGAGCCUUUCAAGAAACCUUAUCAUCUUUCCUCUGAUGAUCUAAUGUGUCAGGAAGGAAAGCCACAGGCUGCUGUUGAUCGUACAAUUGAUAAUAAAAUUUUCAGAGGGUGGAUUGAAGUUGACAAUCCAUGGACCAAUGAUGAUGAAACUGAUAUUGCUGAGAUGACUUAUGUGAACCUUCAACUAAAUCCUGAGCGCUACACUGGCUAUACUGGUCUUUCAGCUAGGAGGAUAUGGGAAGCAGUUUAUUCAGAAAAUUGCCCAAAAUAUUCUUCAGAAGAAUUUUGCCAGGAGAAAAGAGUCUUGUACAAACUGAUAUCAGGAUUGCAUUCCUCCAUCUCGGUUCACAUAGCUUUUGAUUUUCUUCUUGAUGAAGCUAAUAACUUGUGGGGUGUAAAUCUUGAACUGCUGUAUGAUCGGGUAUUGAGUCAUCCAGAGCGUGUUAAAAACUUGUACUUCGUGUUUCUUUUUGUUCUCCGGGCAGUGACAAAGGCCACAGAUUUCUUGGAACAGGCUGAAUAUAACACAGGAAACCUGGAAGAAGACCUUAAAACACAAUCGCUGGUGAGGCAACUUCUGUACAAUCACAAAUUACAAGCUGCUUGCCCAAUACCAUUUGAUGAGGCCAAACUUUGGCAAGGUGAAAGUGGUCCUGAACUAAAACAACAAAUCCAGGCACAGUUUAGAAAUAUCAGUGCAUUAAUGGAUUGUGUUGGAUGUGAGAAAUGCCGCCUAUGGGGAAAGCUUCAGGUUCUUGGUCUGGCUACAGCUUUGAAAAUUCUAUUCUCAGUUGAUAACCAAAACCUCAUCAAUCAACAGUUGCAGCUUCAACGAAAUGAAGUUAUUGCUCUGAUGAACCUCCUCAACAGGCUCUCAGAAUCCAUUAAAUUUGUCAAAGAGAAGGGGCCGGAUGCCGAGAAAAUCAUGGAGAAAAGGACACAUUCAACUACCACCAAAAGCAGUCUCUAAACCACCAAACUAGCACUUACGUAUAUCAAAUCCGAUCAUGUUAUUCUGGUAGUGAUUUUUUGAGCACGCUAUCAAAGGAGUUAGAACUAGUCCCAGAGUUGACAAAGACGUGAGCACUAGCAUUCAUCUAUUACUCUGUUGAUUACAUAUUUUCCCAUGCUUUUGCUGAAACUGAACUGAUUACUAGCAAAGAUCACACCAUUUUUUAUUAAGAACAUGUACUGUAUCAUUUAGAUACAAAGUAUGAGCAUACAUAUACAACUUACAUACUCAGUUAUUCCAGCGAGAGACUCAAAUCA